AUGGAGUCAGCUCCAGCCUCCAAUGAAGAAGUGGCUAUAGUUCUUGCUCCACUUCAAAGCACAUCUUUUCAUACUAAAACUUUUCCCUGUUUACAGCAAAGAGAGCUUGGUCUGAUUGGAACACACAGCUCAAAAGUUAUAAGCCCCGGACAAGUUCGAAGCAAUUUCCUGGGCUUAAAAAUGGCGAGCAGACAGAGCAGUCCUCGAACAGAUUCGUUAGACUAUCGAACGGAGCUUCUAUCACCUGCUGCGACAGGAGAGAAUGUGAGCACGAUGACAAGGGAGCCGUCUUGGCAACUUGGUGUGGAUAAGUUCCAGUUGCCAGAGAGGCGGAUGGAUAAACAUUUUGGCUUUGGAUAUUUUCUAAAAACACUAAGGAGACAAAAGAGAAUUUCAGAAUACUACAGAAGGCAGGAAAAGCUUGUCGAGGGAUUCCAUGAGGUAGACUCGUUCAUUGAGUUGGGUAUUUUGCCUGGAAGUUUAAGCGAGGAUGAAAUGAAACAGCUUGCAAGAAAUGAGAGAGGGGCAAUAUAUGCAUCAAAUGUAGCCAACUUGGUGCUUUUCCUGGCAAAAGUGUAUGCUUCUAUUGAGAGCAGAUCAUUGGCAGUGAUAGCUUCAACUUUGGACUCCUUCUUGGAUUUAUUAUCAGGGUUUAUUUUGUGGUUUACUGCUCAUACUAUGAGAAAACCAAAUCAAUUUCAAUAUCCUAUUGGCAAGCAAAGAAUGCAACCUGUGGGAAUAGUUAUUUUCGCAUCAGUAAUGGCAACUCUUGGAUUACAGAUAUUAUUCGAGUCAGGAAGAGAACUUAUUACAAGGGCUCAGCCAGAAAGAGAUCCUGACAAAGAAAAAUGGAUGAUUGGCAUUAUGGUCUCUGCCACAGUGGUAAAAUUUGUUCUCGCGGUAUAUUGCCGCAGAUUCAGCAAUGAGAUUGUUAGGGCAUAUGCUCAAGAUCACUUAUUCGAUGUCAUUACAAAUUCAAUUGGUCUAGGGACAGCAGUGUUAGCUAUCAAGUUUUACUGGUGGAUUGAUCCUAUUGGAGCCAUCGCUAUAGCUUUAUAUACGAUGGGCAAUUGGGCUAAGACAGUCGUGGAGAAUGUCUGGUCAUUAAUAGGGAGGACAGCUCCUCCAGAGUAUUUAGCUAAGCUGACGUAUCUAAUCUGGAACCAUCACAAGGAUAUUAAGCACAUUGAAACUGUUAGAGCAUACACAUUUGGUUGUCAGUACUUUGUGGAGGUUCAUAUAGUCUUACCACAGGAUAUGUCUCUUGAUCAAGCACAUAAUAUUGGGGAGACACUAGAAGAGAAGCUGGAACAACUUCCUGAAGUAGAAAGGGCUUUUGUCCAUGUCGAUUUUGAUACCACCCAUCAUCUGGAGCACAAGUCCAAACGUCCAUGAAUAUUCUGAAAGAAAAUCCUUUAAUGGAGACUGCCUUAUCAUGGUUCAAGGCAUGAUGAGCACUUUCUAGGAUCUUCUUGAAAAGAUAUUCAAUUAAUGAUGGAAAAAACAAGUGAAAUCUCACAGAAGAAAUUACAUGAAGUAAGGUGAUCGUAUAAUAAGAGUGUACCUAUAAACUUGGAGAUGGAGAAACAUGGUAGCUUGGAUUUGAUAUUUAUCUGUGGGGGUAUAACUUAGAGGGGUGUUAGGGGUGGAAGAGAGCUCUUCUUUUGUUCAUUGUAAUGUUUAUUUUGUAAUUUUAAAUUGGGAUUUUGG